GGUGGCGGCGGCGGCAGCAGCACAGGCUGUUGAUUAGUUAUAUUACACGAACAAAUUUUAAGGAAUUUUCAAAUAUUUGCAUUUAGCAAAGUUUUUCUUUUGAAAUGUGUUUAGUUUUAAAAAAAAGGAAGAAGGGGAGAGGUAAAAAAUGAAAUGAUGUAAUAUAUAUAUUUUUUCUUCUCUCUCCUCCUCUCUUCUUAUUCAGACUUGUAAAUGAAUCUAAAAAAAUUAAAAUAAGAGGCGGUAGGCUUCUCCCUCAAGAUUUCUCUCUGGCAUAGGGGCAGGCUUCUCCUUCAAGAUUUCUCUUUGGCAUAGGAGCCCCUUUUUUCUUCUCUAUUGCUUGUCUUUCUCCUCACGCUUGCCCUUCCCUUACGUCUUUGUGUUUUUCCUCUCAGUUUUGACUCCUUUUGUUCAAAUUUGGAGAGUGCUUUCAGAUCUGGGUUUAGAUCUAUGACUUGACGUGUUGCAACGAUAGUGAACAGUUGUGUGUGGGUUGUGGUGGAAUUGAAGGAUGAGGUUUGGUAGUUCCAUUAGCGAUUUGGGGAUGGUAGGUGGCAAAAUUGAAAAAUUGCUCAGUCAGGUUCACCUUACCGUGGAUGCAGAUGCCUUUCUUCCCUUGAUAUUGAUAUGGAAACCAUAUGAUUCCCAGGUCGGAAAAGUUGUGGUUGGUGGGAAAGAUAUUUUCCUGGCAAAGGUUUCAUGCGAGGGUGAUUGGUGUUAUGGAUACACCGAUGGAUCAUUUUCCUCCACUUGCCGGUUAAGAGUCCCUCUGGUUGGACAAAGCAUUGUAGUGCCGAGAGACACUACAUCGCCAGAUCUCUUAUGUUAGGUCGGGUGGUACAAUAGAUGUGAUUGCUAGUA